GAAAGUCAUUAGUUGAUGAAUAUGGCAAGGUUUCACAAUUACCUAAGCGUUGGUCCAUUCACGGAUAUUACGAAUUUCGAAAAAGACAAAGCGAUUUUAGUGGUGAUUUUCAUAAAGAAAGUAACUGGCUGAAGAUAAAUCUGAAGACAAUUGCAAAUAAAAAAGAGAAUUGUUUUAAUAAGGAACAAGUAGAACGAGCAAAGCUAUUGCUUCUUACCUGGGAGAAUCAAUUAUAUGACCCAAAUGUCGCCACUUUCUGGGAAGAAAUACGUCACAAAAGGGAAUUGGAAGUUACUGGUAUCUUAAAUAUGUUUGAAGCGACGAACGUCAGUCAACAACACAUUGUUAACAUCCAACACCAAGACCUCCUCAGUAUCUACCAACCUUGUGGUGCUGAACAGGUAAACACACCUGUAAUGAGCCUUCAAAAUAUCCUAAAUAGUCCGAAAAAGCGAAAAAAUGAAGAUAACAUCCAGGAAAGUUGGAGUAAGAGCAUGAUGGAAUCCAAUGAUAGUAAUUUGAGUGACGAGUUUGAUUGGUCUUUCAAUAAUGCACAUUCGCAAGAGGAAUUGGAUGAAAGAGUAAAAUUGCCAACGUGUUAUAAUCAAGAGAAUGAAAAUAAGGAAAAUGUUCCUACAUAUAAAAAAACAAAAAAACGAGUGAAAAGUGCUCCAAACACGAAAAAUCCGAGACCAGGAAAUGAUAGUGAAAAGUCUUCGGAGUUUCCUCCUCCUUUUGAUGUAGAAUUUGAGGAUGAUGUAGAAUUAAAGUUUGAUUUUACAAACAUUGAAAGGGAGUUGCUACGGGAAUCAACCAAUGAAUGGGUAUUUGGCGAAAUCAAUGUAUCACAAAAAUUUAGAAAAUAUCAAAUAGAGCAGAUGAUUACACGUGAAAAUCCAUAUACCAUAACUGAUCCAGUACUACCAAUGGAGGUUUUACCCCUUUUGCGGAAUGCAUUGGCUGAUUCCUUGGAAGGAAAGACCACUUUUUUGUCCUUAAGUGAUUCUGAAAUUGGCCGAGUGGUUUCCCGAAUCUUUAAUGACAUAUGUGGUAGUGUUCCCGAUGUUUCCCCAACUAAAACAUCAGAGGAUGAGCACUGUUUCAAGUUGCUACAUCCAAUCAUUCGUCCAUUGUUUUUUACUAGCUCAUACAAAGAAUACAAUAUUCGGUUGAAUCGUGCUACAAGCGGUACUGCAACAAGGCCAGAUUUUUCGUGCUUAGUCAACGAAAUUCCUGUUUUGAAUUCGGAAAUUAAGCCACCUGGAUUCACACCUCUCCAACAACAAAAAGACAAGUUGAAGGUACAGAUGAGAGGGCGUAAGUCUAUCAAUCAGCUAUUAAGAACAAAAGGUGGACCACCAGAAACAGUAUUGCUAAUAAAUCAAGGAGAUUUGGUAGAAUCAUAUGUAAUGGAUCUUAAAUACGAUGGACUUUACCGAUCGUGGCCUUUCUUAACUACCCGACUGGUCAAAGAUAAAACAACCAUUCCUUUGUUGGAGUCAAACAUUCGGCACUUUAUGGCACUGGAGGAACGCAUCAACAGAAUUGCUGAAGAUUACAAUCGUCGAACUUGUCAAA